UCUAUUGGAGGUCGAGAUCUCGUUGACGAUAGCUGUACUUUUUCAUCGUCCGGACAAGAUCAACAGAUCCGAACGCGCUCUUGAUUAGCGAAAUCAAACAGCCAAAUUUGGAAUUUUGAUCUGCAGGUACUUUGCAUCAUGAUAUCUAGGAUGAUCAGCCGCAUGCAACCAUUAGCAACAAGCCCUGGCCGUCAUUCCACUUUAUCCACCAUAUCGGUCAUUUUUCUAUCAUUGCUUGUGUGCAAUCAUCAGAUUUGCAGCGGCUAUGAAGCAGAAAGAGGCGUCCAAUUACGUGGCGGAUCUACUAACAAUAACAGCGCUUACCUGCGCUUUGUGAUUCUCCACCUACCUCCGGUACUUAUCGUUACAAGAAAUUCGAGUGGCCAUAUUACCAAUCUCGGCGGGAUCGCCAUGUCCGUUUUAGAAUGGCUAUCUCACACAAUGGAUUUUAGGUACGAAAUUAUACCAGACAAUAUUUACAGCGUCGAGAACAAUGCUGCCGGAAAAGGUCUGAUGAGCUACAUCUUGGAAGGGAGAGCUGAUGUCAUCCUGGGAGGGAUCGUUAUAACAGCAAGCCGUUUUCAGAAGCUCAAUUUCCCUUAUCCGUUUGUUAUUGGUCAAUUUGGUCUCGUCAUACCGUAUCCGAGUUCCGAGGUUGAUAUCAUGGCUGUCUGGAAGCCAUUCCAGGGACAGAUCUGGAUUUUUCUGGCAGUCUCUAUGGGAAUGACAAUAUUAUGCCUCUAUGGCAUCAGCCAUUGCAUUAAAGAUUACCUGACAAAUAAAACAACUAAAACUAAACUAACUAACGGCAAAUUAUUUGAAGAUAUCGGACGAGCCUUCCAAUACGUUUUUGGUGUUAUUCUAUCACAAGGUUUGCUAGCUCAAGGUGGAACAAGCCGUGACCAGAAACUGACGAUUCGUUUCCUGGCCGGGGCUUGGUGCACGGCCUGUUUCGUUCUAGUGACAGCUUACAGUAGCGUCCUGAUUUCAUUCGUGACGUCACCUAAUUACAAACCCAUGAUUCAAUCUUUAUAUGACAUGCCGAAAAAUCCUAAAAUCAAAAUCACAGUCAAUCGUGGAUGGUCACCCGAUCUUCUGUUUACGAACGCUGAAGAUGGCAUUUUCAAGUAUCUGGGAGAUCAAUUGAGAAACGAACCUGGUCUGCGUUGCAGCGAGACGUCGCAGUGUAUGGAUAGAGUUAGAAAGGGAUCCAGCGCUUACGUACAAGAAUACAGAACGAUAAGAAAUUAUGUUGGAGAAGACCUGAAAAACACUGGCCGCUGUGAUUUCACGAUCGCAAAGCAACUUUUCUUUAGUUUCGGAGCGGGUCUUGCCAUUUCGAAGCAAGCGGACGUCGAAUACUACAACAGAGGAAUGCUAAAGGCUCACGAAGCUGGAUUCGUUGAUUUAUGGUUCGCUCGCAAUUCGGUUGAUGCGUCUCGAUGCUUGAAUCCAAUACGUGACAUCGCUUCUGAGAAACAACGUGUCACACUUGGAGGUCUGAGCGGAGCUUUUCUCGCACUGGGAUUUGGAUAUGGUUUAUCAGUCUUAAGCUUCGUCGGAGAAUUCAUAUUCCGGCGUCGAUAAUCGCCCACAUCAGACCCACCGGCUGCAAUUUGAUAUGCGGAGCUUAUCAUCAUCAAUGUGGGGAAAAAUUUCCGUGUUACACAAAGAGAUUUUCGUGCCCACACUUUUAGUUGUACGUUAGAAGCUAUAUGUUUAAAUGUCUUGCAGAAGGAAUACUCUGAAGAAACAAUCCUUUUUGAUUUUUAGAAAAUUUAGCUAGAAACAUUAUGUGUUUUCACAAAUGAUUGUCCCUGUAUUAGUAUAAUCCCAGUCUCUGUUUUCAUACAAAGAGUACACAACAAUCUAGU